UCUACGCUGUAGCUGACCGGGCUGCACACAGGGAGUGUGGGGGGUGUUGUGGAUUCAGACAGUAACACACCUUUAGGUGUCCUGUCACUCUGUCAUGCUGAUUACUUGCUGGUAUUUAUACAUCUCAGCUCGGAGCAUCGCCAAACAUUGCAAGUAUUGCUGCUGUUUUUGUUACUCAGGCUGCUUGUCAUUUCAAGGUGAACUCUGCAGAAAGGUGUAAAGGAAAUGUGUUUUAUUUAUUUUAUUUUUAAUGGAGUGAGAUGACAGCGAAGUCAUGCUUCUAUUAGAGCCACUAAGAUCAAUGUCAUGCCUCUACACUCGAGUCAUCCUGAUUCUAAAUGCAGUAUUUAUGAAAUUAGAGCACGUAGCCUGCUUUCUGGAUGCAGGACUGUUCUCCUUACUUGUGUCCGUGCGUACUGUUUGUCGCUCCUCUGCAGUCGACAUGUUUUCUGACCAGAUCCAUUCUGCUCUCCCCUUCUAUUAUUUUACCCUCCGCAGAUCUGAACAUGGCCUCAAUUCUGCAGAAGCUCAUCACCCCUCUGUUCAGCGGGCCUCCUGAGCUCCCCAGGAAUAAAGUGACGGUGGUGGGAGUGGGCCAGGUGGGCAUGGCCUGUGCUGUCAGCAUCCUGCUCAGGGAGCUGACGGAUGAACUGGCCCUGGUGGAUGUGAUGGAGGACAAGCUGAAAGGAGAGAUGAUGGACCUGCAGCACGGCAGCCUGUUCCUCAAAACCCCCAAAAUAGUCGCGGACACAGAUUACUCUGUGACGGCAAACUCCCGCAUCGUCGUGGUGACGGCCGGGGUCCGUCAGCAGGAGGGGGAGAGCCGGCUGAACCUCGUCCAGAGAAACGUCAACAUCUUCAAACACAUCGUCCCUCUGAUCGUCAGAUACAGCCCCAACUGCAUCAUCAUCGUGGUUUCCAACCCAGUUGAUGUGCUGACCUAUGUGACCUGGAAGCUGAGCGGCCUUCCUAAGCACCGAGUCAUCGGCAGCGGCACAAACUUGGACUCGGCUCGCUUCCGCUUCCUGAUGGCGGAAAAACUGGGGAUCCAUCCCAGCAGCUUCAACGGCUGGAUCCUGGGAGAGCACGGAGACACCAGUGUUCCUGUGUGGAGUGGAACCAACGUGGCCGGAGUAAACCUGCAGACGUUAAACCCGGAGAUCGGCACAGAGAAUGACGAGGAGAACUGGGCGGAAACACACAAGAUGGUGGUGGACAGCGCCUACGAGGUGAUCCGACUGAAGGGUUACACCAACUGGGCCAUCGGUCUGAGUGUGGCCGACCUGACGGAGAGCCUCAUCAGGAACAUGAACCGGAUCCACCCGGUCUCCACCAUGGUGCAGGGCAUGUAUGGCAUCAGCGACGCGGUGUAUCUGAGUCUGCCCUGCGUGCUGAACGGCGGGGGCGUGGCCAGUGUUGUCAACAUGACCCUGACGGAGGACGAGGUGUCCCAGCUGCAGGAGAGUGCCAGCACCCUGUGGGACAUCCAGAAGGACCUGCAGGACGUCUAGCCGCACAGCAGGGGGCGACGUAGCUGAGCCCUCCUGCUGUGUUAUCACUCUGCAUUCACUAGCACAGCUCCACCUUCAAAACACCGCCCUCUGUAGACUCACAGGGAGUUUAAUCCCAUCAGAUUUAGCUGUAGCUGUCAGUGUGUGAUGGAGGAAGUGCUGCUCUGACUCAUUUGUCCUCGGCUGUACUGCUGUGUGUCACUCGUGGUGCUUUGAUGUGUGAAAGAGCAAGUUUGUGGUCCCUUUAACAGUAAACUGCAUGGGGUCAGUUAUUCAAUAGUGAAGGGAAACAAAAAGGCUUAUGUAAAAGGGUCACAUUUAUAAUCCUAUAAUGCUGUGCACAUAUAACACAGGGAUUUCACUGAAUCACUGCCCAAUAAUAAUUAUUUGGAUGUAUUAUCACUGACAGAAAGUCUUUAUGUGUAUAAACGAGAACAAGAACAUUUGGACAAUAAUAUCAGUCGUCUUGCUAGCAAGGUAACAACAGCUGUAAAACAGAGUAAUGGAAGAUUAUGGUGCAACUAUCUCUGCAGUUAUAUAGUACAUAUAUAAUAUCUCUGUACAUCUUUGAAUAACUUUAAGGAUAGACAUGUGCAUAAUGUCAGCAGGGGAAAGGUGACAUUGAUCAAAUAUAGAGGAGACACUGGAUGGAUUAUGUGUUUAAUGAUGGGGUUUUCUUGCACAGAUUGUUAUGCACACGAUGCAAAAUAAGGUUGAUCUGAUAUUUCCUCCCACAUUUAUCAGCUCUGACCUGUCUGGUUAUGUUAAUUGUAUACAAAUAAAAUGAAGCCGUUAAAAAAAAAAUCCUUUA